GCCAUGUUCGCGCGUGGGUCCCGGAGGCGACGCUCCGGGCGCGCGCCUCCAGAGGCGGAGGACCCAGACCGCGGCCAGCCCUGCAACUCCUGCAGGGAGCAGUGCCCCGGCUUCCUGCUGCAUGGAUGGAGAAAGAUCUGUCAGCACUGCAAAUGCCCGAGGGAGGAGCACGCGGUGCACACGGUGCCUGUGGACCUGGAGCGCAUCAUGUGUCGGCUAAUCUCAGACUUCCAGCGCCACUCCAUCUCCGAUGAUGACUCAGGCUGUGCCUCGGAGGAGUAUGCCUGGGUGCCCCCUGGUCUCAAGCCAGAGCAGGUAUACCAAUUUUUCAGCUGCCUCCCAGAGGAUAAGGUUCCCUACGUCAACAGUCCCGGGGAAAAAUACAGGAUCAAGCAGCUGCUGCACCAGCUGCCCCCACACGACAGUGAGGCACAGUACUGCACCGCACUGGAGGAGGAGGAGAAGAAAGAGCUCAGAGCCUUCAGCCAGCAGCGGAAGCGGGAGAACCUGGGCCGUGGCACCGUGCGCAUCUUCCCUGUGACCAUCACUGGGGCCAUCUGUGAGGAGUGUGGGAAGCAGAUCGGAGGUGGUGACAUCGCUGUGUUUGCCAGCCGAGCAGGCCUGGGUGCCUGCUGGCACCCACAGUGUUUCGUGUGCUCCACGUGCCGCGAGCUGCUGGUGGACCUCAUCUACUUCUACCAUGCCGGCAAAGUCUACUGCGGCCGCCACCACGCAGAGCGCCUGCGCCCGCGUUGCCAAGCCUGUGACGAGAUCAUCUUCUCCCCUGAGUGCACCGAGGCCGAGGGCCGGCACUGGCACAUGGGGCACUUCUGCUGCUUCGAGUGCGAAGCCUCGCUGGGAGGGCAGCGCUACGUCAUGCGUCAGAGCCGCCCCCACUGCUGCGCCUGCUACGAGGCCCGCCACGCUGAGUACUGUGAUGGCUGUGGGGAGCACAUUGGCCUGGACCAGGGUCAGAUGGCUUAUGAGGGCCAGCACUGGCACGCCUCAGACCGCUGCUUCUGCUGUAGUCGCUGCGGGCGAGCUCUCCUGGGCCGCCCCUUCCUGCCACGCCGUGGCCUGAUCUUCUGCUCGAGAGCCUGCAGCCUGGGGUCCGAGCCCACAGCUUCCGGGACGGGCCGCCAGAGCUGGAGCGCGGGCACAGUCUCCACACCUCUUGCAGCAUCCACAGCCUCUUUCUCCACUGUGGAGGCAUCGGAGACCACCACCAAAGGGACCAGCACGGAGCCAGAGCCCGUUGCAGGCCCUGAGGAGCCCACCCACUUUCUGAGAGGGGCCCCCCACCGCCACUCCAUGCCAGAGCUGGGGCUCCGCAGCCCCCCAGAGCCGCCCCCAGGACUCCCCAGCCAGCCUGAUCCGAGCCCAGAAGAUGGUGCCUUUGGUCGCCAGAGCACCCCUCGCGUCAGCUUCCGUGAUCCUCUGGUGUCUGAGGGAGGCCCUCGGCGGACCCUGAGUGCACCCCCAGCACAACGUCGCAGGCCUCGUAGUCCCCCACCCAGAGGCCCCACCCAUCGUCGCCGCCGCCGCAGCCACCACCACCAUCAUCAUCAUCACCGCCGCCACUCAGGCAGACAUCGCCACCACCAGUGUGAUUUGGGAUCAGGGUCGGACUCAGGAUCUUGCUCCAGCUCACCUUCUAGCCCCAGCUCUGAGUCCUCAGAGGAGGAUGGCUUCUUCCUAGGGGAACGCAUCCCCCUGCCCCGGCAUCUUUGCAGGCCCGGGCCUGCUCAGGACAAUGCAACUGGAACCCCCAAAUCCCCAUCUCCACAGCUCCCCAGGAGCUCUCGCCCAGGGAUGCCUCGCCAGGCCAGAGACAAGAACUGCAUCGUGGCUUGAAGGCAGUGUAGUCCUGGAGAGUUCUGUUCUCCCGUCAGUGGAGAUGAUCCCGUCUCCCAGCCCAAGCCAUACAUCCCCUUCCUCCUUCAUCUGUUUGUGUUAAUGAAGUAAUUUAAU